AAUUGAGUUUGUCUUUCCUUUUGGUCCGCUGGGAUGAUUGAUGGGGGCGACAGCGAGCAAGCUUCAUUGACGGAAGGCUCAGUGGCUGCAACUCCAGAUGUUCAGAAUGCCAAUUCCGUGGUGCCCGCCUCGAGCCCUUCAGUCGGACUGUCCGCACGAAGUAUCUCGAGUGUUGACUCCCCGUUGCAGCCACCGAGCAUGGACGGCAAGAAGCAGGCCAAGCCUUUGACAUCCUCUCCGCAACCACGGAUACGUGAGUCUCGCGGCUCCUCCGUCCCAAGGCGACGCGCGUCGGGUUUGGCUCGACCGCCUUUGGAAGGACGAUGGCUGCAACAAGUCGAGGCAUGUAAUGGCAUGUUGGAGCGUCCUUCAAGUGCUGCCAGCAGUGUACGUGGAAGUCCAGGCUCCACGCGCUCCGAUCAUUUGCAGAACAGUAGAGCUGCAAGGUCUGGACAAUCCGUGAGCCAGACGAAUCGCAGAUCGCAAACGCGACUUGAGGCAAGCCGCAUCAAGUCCAACACAUGCGAUGUAUUGGAAGAGGAGGUCCUUUCCAUUAUGAGCAUCUUGCAGAGACCGCGAGACUUGGCAAAUUGGAAUGAGACUUGCGUCCACGAAGCUGGAGUGAGAACGGCGUCGAGAUCGUCGAGAUCCUCCACGACACCUCGUCGCUCCUCACCACCUCCAAGAGAUCCGUACCUGCGGACAGCAGAGCGUGCUGUGGCCAGAGUCACUAGUGAUAGCCAAAGUUUAGGCCAUGUGCCGCUGUCAGAAAGGGCUCGACAAGCUUCCACGUCUGCUACGCGAAAAGCACGACCAAAGACGUCGCAAACUGCUUCGCGAGCGUUAAGAUUAGGCGCUUCCGCAAGCCUCUCUGAGCUUCCUGCUCUUUCGGACUCUUCGGUGCUGCAGGGCAGCGGGCGGAUGGAUGGGUUGUUGCGCCUCUCCCGAGCAAUCAGUGAGGCUCAACAGGCGCUUGAGAUCCAGACAGCAGAGGCUUUGCGGCGGCCACAUGAAAGCUCGUGCGAGGAAACCAAGGCACUAGAGGCCUUUGCAGAGAAGCUGCAGUGGCAGCUAGCCCAGGCUCAAAGUACAUCUCGUGCUUUGGAAGAGCAUUUGGCCACUGCCAAAAGAUACGCUGACAGUACCAAGCUCGAAAAGCCACAGGAGCCGCAACUGCUUUGGCGAAAUGGCAGCAGCUUUGCACCGGCACCAAUCCCUGAGGAGGUGGACGAGAUUGACUUGGAGAAGUCGCGCAGUCACCAGGCGGAUUCUGUAGAAUCACCCGAGGUGGAAGCUAGCAGUGUGCCGAGCGCGCCGGCAGAAAUUGGACCAGUGAGCGACGCCCCUUAUGUGAACGGUACGAUUUCUGCCAAAGUUGCUGAAGCCGAAGCUGCUGAAGUGGCUCCCGUGGCCGAAGACAAGGUGGACACCACCACCUUGCAUCCAGAGGAGCUGAAAGGCGUGGAGCCGAUGCAGUCGCCCGAAAGCCGGGGUACUCCAAGAAGUGAAGGUGGGUUAGAUGACACGCACAGAUCGUCUCCCAUGGAACAAAAUGGCGAAAGACCUGGAAAUGCCAAAGACGAGGGCCAAUCCGAGCACGAAUGGGAGUUCGUUGUUCAAGGUCACACAUCCAUGGAAGAGAUUCCAGAGCAUGAAGACACAGAUCGCAAGACUAUUUCUUGCUUCCCCAGUAAUGCUGUCACCAAGCUGGUCAAAAAUGGCGUUGCAUGUGUUUGCGCACGAGGACACCGUGUUGAUCCACGCGUGCCGAAUCAAGACGAUCUGGUGCUGGCGAUGUGUUCCUGGGGAUCGCAAGGUCGUGUUGCCCUCUAUGGCGUGUUUGAUGGCCAUGGACCCGCGGGUCACAGAUGCGCUGCUCUGGCGCGAGGCUUUCUCCCUGAGCGAAUCUUUGGUGAUCCAGACCUGCUCAGCCAUCCGCAGGAGGUGCUCAAAGCAGCCUUCCGUGAAGCGCAGAGUGAAAUGCUAAGGCUGGAGCCAACCGAGUCUUUUAGUAGCGGAACCACAGCCACGGUCUCCGUUGUCUUAGAGCAAGGUGUAUCUGGUAUCGAACGCAAGUGGCCAACUGCAGAACCGACUAUCACAGUUCACACUGCUCAUGUCGGUGACUCACGGGCAAUACUUGCAAGGUUGGCAGAUGGUGCCAAUGGCGGCAAAUGUUUCAUUGUCAAAGAGCUGACGAAAGACCACAGACCAGACGAUGAAACUGAGGCACAGCGGGUGAAGGAUGCAGGAGGCCACAUACGUUUGGCUGGUGGAAAGCGGGCUCGAGUGAUUUGCGACUCCGUCCCAGGGCAUCCUGGCUUUGCGUUGACGCGAUCUCUUGGCCUGUCGAUCGGACAAGAGUGCGGCAUCAUCGCCGAGCCCCAGGUGUCUUCCCAGCACCUGCCGGGUGAAGCAGAAGCACUGUUGAUCCUAGGUACCGAUGGUCUUUUCGAAUUCUGUGGGAACCGUACGGUCGCUGGGCAUUUGCUGAAGCAUGGUGUCACAGACAGAGCCCUCGAAGAGGUUGUCCACGAGUCUAUGGAGCUCUGGAAAAACAACUCGUCAAAUGGCACCGUCGACGAUGCAACGGCCAUUGCUGCUUCUCUGGGGCGUUUAGUGAAGCGAAAAUCGGGAUCUAGCUUGCGAAGCUGAUUGGGCUUUGAGGUUAUGAUCUAGCAAAGCAUUUCCC